GCCGCUGGAGCAGGGUCCGCGAUGGAGCCCUCGGCCCCGGGUCGCGCCCCGCCCUGAGCGCCCCGCAGACGGCCAUGCUGCCCCGAGGGCGUCCCCGGGCACUGGGGGCCGCCGGGCUGCUGCUGCUGCUGCUGCUGCUUCUGACCGGGUUCUUCCUGCUCGGGGGGUACCCGGAGUGUGAGCGCCGCGAGCCGGGCGGGCGAGCGGGGGUCCCGGGGUGCGCCCGCUGCCCGCUCACGCCACGUGUCCCCUUAGACGGGCAGCUGCGGGAGGCCGCUGCCUACGAUGGAGACCCGCCGGCGGGCCACGGGGGCCACAACCGUUCCGCCUGCGCCCCACAGCCGCCGCUGCCGCCCAAGUGCGAGCUGUUGCACGUGGCCAUCGUGUGUGCAGGAUAUAAUUCCAGCCGAGAGGUCGUUACCCUGGUGAAGUCCAUGCUCUUCUACAGGAAAAAUCCACUGCACCUCCACCUGGUGACUGAUGCCAUGGCCAGAAACAUUCUGGGGACACUCUUCCGCACGUGGAUGGUGCCUGCUGUGGUGGUCAGCUUCUAUGAUGCUGAGGAGCUCAAGCCCCAAAUCUCCUGGAUCCCCAACAAGCACUACUCUGGCCUCUAUGGGCUGAUGAAGUUAGUGCUACCCGGCAUCCUGCCUUCCAGCCUGACCCAAGUCAUUGUCCUGGACACAGACGUCACCUUCGCCUCAGACAUCGCAGAGCUCUGGGCACUCUUUGCUCACUUCUCUGACAAGCAGGUGAUCGGUCUCGUGGAGAACCAGAGCGACUGGUACCUGGGCAACCUUUGGAAGAACCACAGGCCCUGGCCUGCCUUGGGCCGGGGAUUUAACACAGGUGUGAUCCUGCUGCGACUGGACCGGCUCCGACAGGCUGGCUGGGAGCAGAUGUGGAAGCCAAUAGCAAGACGGGUGCUCCUCACCCUGCCUGCCACCUCCCUGGCUGACCAGGAUAUCUUCAAUGCCGUCAUCAAGGAGCACCCAGGGCUGGUGCAGCCCCUGCCCUGUGUCUGGAACGUGCAGCUUUCGGACCACACGCUGGCUGAGCGCUGCUACUCUGAGACUGCUGACUUUAAGGUGAUCCACUGGAACUCACCAAAGAAGCUGCGGGUGAAGAAUAAGCAUGCCGAAUUCUUCCGCAACUUGUACUUGACCUUCCUGGGGUACGAUGGGAAGCUGCUACGCAGAGAGCUCUUUGGGUGCCCCAGCCAGCUGCCACCUGGGGCUGAGCAGCUGCAAGGGGCCCUGGCACACCUUGAUGAGGAAGACCCCUGCUUUGAGUUCCGGCAGCAGCAACUCACUGUGCACCGAGUGCACAUUACUUUCCUGCCCCAUGAGCCGCCACCUCCCCGGCCUCACGAUGUCACCCUGGUGGCCCAGCUCUCCAUGGACCGGCUGCAGAUGCUGGAGGUCCUGUGCAGGCACUGGCCAGGUCCCAUGAGCCUGGCCUUGUACCUGACAGACGCAGAGGCCCAGCAGUUCCUGCAUUUCGUCGAGGCCUCGCCGGUGCUUUCUGCCCGGCAGGACGUGGCCUACCACGUGGUGUACCGUGAGGGUCCCCUCUACCCUGUCAACCAGCUCCGCAAUGUAGCCUUGGCCCAGGCCCUCACGCCCUAUGUCUUUCUCAGUGACAUUGACUUCCUGCCUGCCUACUCCCUCUACGACUACCUCAGGGCCUCCAUCGAGCAGCUGGAGCCGGGCAGCCGGCAGAAGGCGGCUCUGGUGGUGCCCGCGUUCGAGACCCUGCACUACCGCUUCAGCUUUCCCAGCUCCAAGGCCGAGCUGCUGGCCCUGCUGGACGCCGGCUUGCUCUACACCUUCAGGCACCACGAGUGGCCCCGGGGUCAUGUACCCACCGACUACGCCCGCUGGCGGGAGGCUCGGGUGCCAUACCGCGUGCAAUGGGCAGCUGACUAUGAGCCCUACGUGGUGGUGCCUCGUGACUGUCCCCGCUACGACCCUCGCUUUGUGGGCUUUGGCUGGAACAAGGUGGCACACAUCGUGGAGCUGGAUGCGCAGGAAUAUGAGCUGCUGGUACUGCCUGAAGCCUUCACCAUCCACCUGCCCCACGCUCCAAGCCUCGACCUCUCCCGUUUCCGUGCCAGUCCUGCCUACCGAGACUGCCUCCAGGCUCUCAAGGAGGAGUUCCACCAGGACCUGUCCCGCCAUUAUGGGGCUGCUGCCCUUAAAUACCUCACUGCCCUGCAGCAGCCCCAGAGUCCAGCCUGA